UAGUUGUCAAACAAAGUUGUGGGACGCUUAGGUUUUGUUAUUGGGUUAUAUAUAAAUUUUAAGAAUUAUAGGGGUUAUAUUUGUCUUCGUUUAGAUCAUAAUAACACGUUAAUUAAGAUUAAUCUCUACAAUGACUACUCUAGGCCCUAAAAAAGAUGGGGGCCCCAAUGUUGACUUCUUUCAAUCGCCGGAAUCAUUAGCUCAGUUCGACCAAAUCCGUGUUUGGUUACAGAAAAACUGCAAAAAGCAUGUUCAGGCGGAACCUCCUACAAAAGAAGGUCUGGCGCAACUUGUUAUUCAACUUAUUCAAUACCAAGAAAAUAAGUUGGGAAAAAAUGCAACUGAUCCUCCGUUUAUGAGACUUCCAAUGAAAGUAUUCAUGGAUAUGAAACCGGGCGGGUCCCUGUGCAGCGUGCUCGCCACCAUGUUCCGCUUCAAGUCGGAGCAGCGGUGGCGCAAGUUCGACUUCCAGGUCGGUAAGAAUCCGUCUCGCAAAGAUCUGAACGUGAAUAUGAUGAUGGAAAUCGAAUCCUCUCUAUUGGGAGCUGAGGUGAUACGUUCGCCGUGUGUCUUUAUCCGGCCGGAAGUUGAUAAGGCAACGGCUAAUAAAGUUAAAGAUAUCAUCGUGAAUCAUCAAGGAGAAAUUUGUGAGGACGAAGAAGACGCAACACAUAUCAUAUAUCCAGCAGUGGAUCCCCUCGAAGAGGAGUACGCUCGGCCGGUGUUCCGACGAGGAAACAACGUGCUAAUACAUUGGUACUAUUUCCCUGACAGCCACGACACUUGGGCGCAGGCUGAUUUACCGGUGGAGGUGCCCGAGAGCGUGAGCUGGGAGUGCGCGCGCGCGGAGGCGUGGCGCGUGGCGGCCACGUGGGCGCUGGACCUGCCGCAGUACAACGAGUGGAUGAACGAGGAGGACUACGAGGUGGACGCGGCCGGCAAGAAGAAGGUUCAUAAGUUGCGACUAUCAGUCGACGAUCUAAUUCCUGGCGCGGAGCCUUCAGGGAAAAGUAAAAAAGGCAAGAGGAAACGGUCUCCCUCGCCGCCGCCGCAGAAACACGGGAAGAGGAAGAGUCGUUUGGCAAAACGUCGUGAUAAUGAUGGAGACGAAGAAGAAGAUAACGCAUCAAGAGACAACACUGACGUCGCGCCUACUCCCGAAAGCGAGCGUUCUACGGACACGCCGGCCCCGGUGGCGGCGAGCGCGGCCGAGCCCAGCGCGGCGGAGGCGCCCGCCACGCCCGCGCCCGCCAUGGACGCGCACGACGACUCGCAGGGCAAGCACAGCGACUCCAACACGCAGGAAAUGCUGACCAAAGAAGAGUUAGAAGAUAACGUAACAGAUCAGACUCACCACAUCGUAGUGCCGUCGUACUCGGCGUGGUUCGACUAUAACUCGAUCCACACCAUCGAAAAACGAGCUUUACCCGAGUUCUUUAAUAACAAGAACAAGUCGAAGACGCCUGAGAUUUACUUGGCGUAUAGGAACUUCAUGCUGGACACAUACCGGCUGAACCCCACGGAGUACCUCACGAGCACGGCGUGUCGCCGCAACCUGGCGGGCGACGUGUGCGCCAUCAUGCGCGUGCACGGCUUCCUGGAGCAGUGGGGCCUCAUCAACUACCAGGUGGAUACAGAGUCUCGUCCUACAGCCAUGGGUCCGCCACCCACCUCUCACUUCCAUGUGCUGUCGGACACACCUUCAGGCUUACAGCCGCUGCAGGCUAGACCCACCCAGCCAAGACCAGCAGAGAACGUGGCAGUGCCGAAGGUGGAGGCAGGGCUGCCCAACGGGGCGGAGGCGAGCGCGCCCGUCAAACCGGAGCCUAAUGUUAAGCCUGAACCUGCCAUCGAGCUGGGCACAGCACCCGGACUCAAGAUGGAUCAGUACCGCGGCGGCGGCGGCGGCGCGCGCGGGCGCGAGUGGACGGAGCAGGAGACGCUGCUGCUGCUGGAGGCGCUGGAGCUGCACCGCGACGACUGGAACCGCGUGGCCGCGCACGUGGGCUCGCGCACGCACGACGAGUGCAUCCUGCACUUCCUGCGCCUGCCCAUCGAGGACCCCUACCUCAGCGACACCUCGGCCGGUGGUGUACUAGGUCCGUUGGCUUACCAGCCGAUUCCAUUCAGCAAGACUGGCAACCCUGUUAUGAGUACGGUGGCCUUCUUAGCUUCAGUAGUGGAUCCUCGCAUUGCAUCUAAAGCUACUAGAGCCGCUAUGGAUGAAUUUUCCGCUAUUAAGGACGAGGUACCAGCAGCCAUGAUGGAGGCACAUGUAAAGGCAGCCGGUGCCCACGGACCUGCCGCCGCGCUUGCGGCCACUGGCAUUGCGGGCACAGCACCACCACCCACGCCAGCGGAAAAGAAAGAAUGCGAUGGGGUUAAACAAGAGUCAAUGGAAGUAGACGGGGAGGGCGAGGCGAAAGUCAAGGAGGAGCCGGGAGAGGCGACGCCGGGUGAAGACAGUAAAGAGGCUAAGGACGACGCUACACCGCCGCCAGCGCCGGCGGCGGUGGACGCCAAGCUGCAGUCGGCGGCGGCGGCGGCGCUGGCGGCGGCGGCCGUGAAGGCCAAGCACCUGGCCGGCGUGGAGGAGCGCAAGAUCAAGUCGCUGGUGGCGCUGCUGGUGGAGACGCAGAUGAAGAAGCUGGAGAUCAAGCUGCGCCACUUCGAGGAGCUGGAGGCCACCAUGGAGCGCGAGCGGGAGGGAUUGGAGUAUCAACGCCAACAACUAAUACAAGAACGUCAACAGUUUCAUUUAGAACAGUUGAAGGCGGCUGAAUUCCGUGCAAGAAACCAUGCCAUUCAAAGGUAAAGUUCACUUUAGCACUAAACUGUAAUUAUUUAUAAAGAAUACAAAAAGUUGACUAAAAUUCGACAUUUUGUGAACUAAACUUGUGAAAAUGUGAAA